AAAGCAUUAUCCGUUUGUUUUUUUUAGUUGUUUUAUUUCUUUUUGGAUUCACAAAAUAAUUAGUUUAUUUUUAGCAAGAAUUUAACAAUUUUGUUAAUAUUUACUUUUUUUAAAUAUUUUGAACCCUAGAGAAAUGAAAAAACUUUCUUUGAUUGCUGCUGUCUGCCAAAAUGGUGGAAUUGGUAUAAAAGGGGAUUUACCUUGGCAUUUGAAGGCUGAACUGAAAUAUUUUUCGCGGAUGACCAAGAAAGUAAACGACAGUGCUAAGCGAAAUGCCAUUAUCAUGGGAAGAAAAACUUAUUUCGGAGUUCCGGAGGCUAAGCGCCCCCUGUCGGAGAGAUUAAACAUCGUUCUGACACGUGAUCCUACUGCGAAUGUGUACCCAGCAGGAGUCAUGGUUUGUACUAGCAUGCAAGAAGCUUUGGAUCGACUGGACCAGAGUCCUUUGGUGGAUGAAAUUGAAACUAUUUGGAUUGUGGGUGGAAAUGCAGUUUACAAAGAGGCGAUGGAGUCGGAUCGCUGCCAUCGUUUAUACAUCACAGAUGUUAAGGGAACAUUUAACUGUGAUGCGUUUUUUCCAGAGAUAACUUCAGAUUUUAAGCUGGUUAAGAACGAUGCAGAUGUUCCGGAAGAGAUUCAGGAGGAGAACGGAAUUCAAUAUCAAUAUAAAAUUUACGAAAAGUGCUAACUGGUUUAUGGUUAACUAUGCAAACAUUCCAGUUUAUGAUCUUCAUUCCAUUUUUCGUUACAAAUACACUUUGUUUUGAAUUUAUUUU